AUACAGGACCAAGUGGUUUUUGCUGUCCGGCAAGAGUAUGUGCUUCUUGGAGAUCAGCUACUAGACCUUCGCUCUGGGGACGAAGUUGCCAUUAUUCCUCCUAUUAGUGGAGGUUAGAUCUUGAAAAGGCAUCCUCAGAGACAUCAUGAAUGAAAAUGGGGACGAGCCCAAGGACAUAAUUAAACUGAAGUGUGAGAAGCUCUCAGCAGAUGAAAUAUCAGCACUGGUGAUUUCUCCUUGUUGCGGGGCUGUGUCUUUAUUUAUAGGCACCACCAGAAACCAUUUCGAAGGGAGAAAAGUGAUACAGUUAGAUUAUGAAGCAUAUGCACCCAUGGCAGAAGCAGAACUAAAGAAAAUAUGUGCAGAUAUUAGGUUGAAAUGGCCAUCGGUGAAACAUAUAGCAAUACAUCAUAGACUGGGUUCAGUCCCCAUUAGCGAAGCAAGUGUGAUGGUAGCAAUCUCUUCCCCUCACAGAACAGAAUCUCUUGAGGCCGUCCAGUAUUGUAUCAAUACUUUGAAAGCAACUGUGCCUAUCUGGAAAAAGGAGGUAUAUGAAGAUGACUCCUCCUGGAAGGAAAACAAGGAGUGUUUUUGGAUGAAAAUGGAAAAAUGAAACUGCCAAAAGCUCAUUGUAAUUGCCUGCUGUUUCAAAACAAUGUGGACAAGAUCUCAAUUUGAGCCACGCUUCCACUUUAUUUGACUAACAUGAAGCAUUUCUACAAUGUACUUAUAUUUUUCUCUUUUCUCUAUGCUCUAAUGAGCCUUGAGCCUUAAUGCUGGAAUUUUUGAAAAGCUGUACAGCCUGCAUCUGUGGAAAUUUGUCAUCACCUAUGAAAUCUUUUGUAUUUUCACAGUAAUUGAAAUUUUGGACUGGUUAUUCUAUCAGGUCAAAUAAUCUUUUGUAAUUCAACGCACAGUACACUUUUCAUCAUGCAAUAGUUAGCUACAUUCAAACAUCACAAUAGGCCAUGGCCUAAUGCUGGUUUCCCUAAGACCUGAGCAUUUGGUUUCUGUCAUGGCCAGGAGCAGUGGUUCUACCUUCUGACUUACCCCUGAUUUUCACUAUGGUGUUUCAACAAGCCAGCUUCAGCAUUCCAUAGAUGAAGUUGGCUUGGAUUAAAUGAAUUUAGUUAGGAAUAGACGCUGUAUGUGGCAUUUGGGUGACAAGUGCUGAUCAAUAAAAAAAUGGAUGCAAAA